AUGAUGAAUUUGGAAUUGUUACCUAAUGAAAUUUUACUUAUGUUAUUCGAUUAUUUCAAUGGUGUUGAUCUUCUUUAUGCAUUUUAUGGUCUCAAUUAUCGUUUCAAUUUUCUUCUUUAUAAACAAUAUCGAUCUUAUCGUUUCAUAUUCAAUUCAGUAUCAAAACAUAAUUUUGAUAUCAUAUGUUCACAGCAUCUACCAUUUAUUGCUGAUCGAAUUAUUAGUCUUAGUCUUUCGAAUGAUGAAAAUACUCCAGGACAAAUAAAUUUAUUUCGAUCCUACAUAUCAUCAUUUAGUCAAUUUACUCGAUUACGAUCGCUUUCAAUAUUUCAUCUUCAUUCAUAUGAUAUAUUAAAGAAAAUUGUCGAUGAAUGUCAUCAUCUUAGUCAUCUCACUUAUUUAAACUUUUACUCUUACUCUUCUCCUUUUCGAGAUGAUCAAAUGAAUUUUCAAUCAAUUAUUAACAGUGUAUGGAAUUUUCCUCAACUUAUUCGUUGCAAUGUCGAUAUUUCCAUUGGAGAACGUGACUUGUUUGUCAUCCCAACAAAAAUAUCAACAUCUCUCAGAUAUUUAAAUAUGUAUAAUAAUGCACUUAAGUGGAGUCAGAUAAAUAAGUUAUUUGAAUAUACACCGUAUCUUAAACGUCUUUCGAUGCGAAUUUUUUCUGGUACUAAUGAUUAUUAUAUACCAUCUUCUUCUUUUUCAACAUUAAUCGAUUUGAAUAUUAUUAUUUAUUAUACAUCUGAUACUUCAAGUAUAAUUUCAUUUUUACAAAAUACACCUAAUCUACAUCGUUUAUAUAUUACUUUAUGGUCGAAAUUUAUCAAUGGUCAUGAAUGGAAACAAAUCAUUUGUAACUAUUUACCAAAACUGAAAGUGUUUCAACUUAGAAUGAAACGUAAAUUUUAUGAUAAUCAUGAUAUACAAGAACAAGCAAAUGAAUUAGUUAAUUCAUUUCAAAGUUCAUUUUGGCUUGAUGAACAUAAAUGGUUUAUUCGAUGUAUUACAUCAGGCAAUACUAUUCAUCUUUACACUUUAUCAACAUUAUUUAAUUACAAUGAAUUUGAAAAUCCUGAUUCGUUGCAAUCGCCAUAUCUUCCACCAAUUCCAUCGAAUAUUAGUUUACCAAACAUUCAGAAACUUAACAUAAAACUUCCUAUCAACAAUCAGUUUUGGUCUGUAGUUCCAAGUUUAAAACGACUCCAUUCACUUACAAUAUUGUCUUAUACUGAUGAGUUUUAUUCUCAAUUACAACUUUUACUUGAUCAAGUACAUCAUCUUUCUAGAUUAGCUGUUCAUCAAGAUCUUUCAUUACCAUUUCAGAUAUCACUAUUUAAAUUAAAUACAACAGUUCACAUUCUGGAUUUAAAUAAUUAUUAUUGUUUCAAUGAAGAAAAAUGUGUUGCAUUGAGUUCUUCAUUACCGGGCAUUCAAUGUCAAAUACUUUAUGUUCGAAUUGAAUAUCUUGAAAUCGAAACAAAAUCAAAUUUGACAUUGGAUACAUUUUUCAGUUAUACAAAUUUUGAUUCAUUGAGUUUAUCACCAAAUGGUGAAUAUUUACUUAUUAAUACUCAACGUCCAGCAUGGGAUUCAGAUUCUUUUGAGAAUAGUUUAUGGUUAUAUCAAACUGUUGAACGUCGAAAAAAAUUAAUUACAAAUCAAUUGUUUGUAAGUACCAAAUUUCAAUGGUCACCAAGUGGAAAAUGGUUUGUUUUUCUAAUGAAAAAUAAUUCUGCAUCGAAUAAUUUCAUUUUUCGACAUCUAUUCAAAUCUGAUUUAAAAGCUGAACAAAAUAUUUAUUUAUAUUCAGUUGAAAUGGAUCAAGUCAAAUCUAUUUCAAUCGGAAAUGGGGA